AUGGGAUUGAUGGGUCAAGUGAUCAUUGCAGUUGCAUUGUGUGCAGCAUUUUGCGAGUCAGUUCGAAAACGAGGAGCAACCAACAAUCAAAUUUCGUCAACAAGUGUCGCCAUUGUCCGAUUCGGAGGUGGAAAACUGACCGUGUUUGAAGACAGUGUUAAAAAAGGGAAGUACUACGUCCAUCCUUUGUGUCGGCUCAUUCACACAUCUGCUCAAUCUAUGUACGAUAUCUUCGCUAAGAGUUACAUUCUCACAUUCACCGUGCAAAUUUGGUCGACUGCUGCUCAAAAAGCUGUUUACGAACAGCUUAUAAAAGACGGAAUAGAUGUGAAAUUACACAAUGUGCAGAUGUUUCCGAUUGAGGAAAUGAGACUGGUCGACAAGGACAGAGUCAUGAAGGAUUACACUCUGCCGGAAAACUGGCUGUCGGCUAGUGAUCGCCCGGACGAAGUGCACUUCCAGAUCAGGUGUGCCGACAAAUUUUCGUGCUCACAGUUGGAAAAGGGGAUGAAGGAGAACCCGAAGGACUUCAAAGUGUUGCAAGUGCAGUUCCGAAUGCUCUCCGAGAAGACUGCCUCUCGUAUCCUCACUGUCACAGGUAGCGACCUCUCCAAAGGCAAAAUGUGGACUGAGCUGGAAAACAUGGAGGGUGCCAAUGGCGACGACAGGUACCUGACAUCGAAUGACAUGCAGCAGAUGUCAGCCGAGUCUGUGAGUGUUGCGACUGCAUCUGUGCGCACUGAUUCGGAUUACGCCUGCAACGAGCAGGACUCGAUAGGGUUGAGUGUGGCACUUCAAAAUAUCCUGCAACAGAACUCGGAAAACACCGCCAAAUUCGACGCCACAAAGUGGGACUCCGUCUACUGGAAAGACGACUGGUCGAGACCGGACAAAAUAACCGAUGAGUUAAACAACAUCUACUCUUUGGAUAGUGAGCACAAGGAUACUCUUAAGGUUUAG